GACCUAAAAACAUGGGAUCGAAGAAGCAUCGUAGGAGCCGAUCGCGUUCCCGCUCUCGAGAAAGAGCCCGUGCCGUUAGACACGAUCGCUCGCCCGGGGACAGACACGGUCGCAACCGCUCUCCGGUGAAAAGUUCCCGCAGGCGAGCGCGGUCCGACAGCGGCGGCUCCAGGAGCAGCGGGGGCUCUGCGGGCCCGAGCCGACAGAGAGGCAGAGAGUCCGGCCACUCCAGCGACUCUGACCGCGAGCACAGAAACACACACGGAAGAAACAGAGACAGCUCUUCAGAUGACGACUACCACAAUAAGAAGAAACAGGCGUUGAAGAAGAAACACGAUGAUGAAAAGGACAGCAGGAGAAGAAAGAGCAGAAGUUCUUCAGGCUCCAGCAGAAACUCCAGCAGAGAGCGAAACCGAUCCAGAACCAGCAGGAGCGGAGAGAGAGAAAGAGAAUGGAGGAGACGACAAAGCAGAAGCUCCAGCAGGGAGAGACACAGAGACCAGAGGAGAAGAAGAAACAGCAUGGAGAGAGAUCGAGACAGAGGCAGACGCUCACAGUCCAGAUCCUCCAGUUCCUCCAGCUCCGACUCUGACCAUGGAGGAAAGUCCACACAGGGUGGUUCAUCCUCCAAAGAGGAGAAGAAGAAGCAGAGGGAUCUGAUGAAGGCGCUGGAGACGCCGGAGGAGAAGAGAGCCAGACGUCUGGCCAAGAAAGAGGCCAAGGAGAGGAAGAAGAGAGAGAAGAUGGGCUGGAGCGAAGAGUACAUGGGCUACACCAAUGCGGACAAUCCCUUUGGUGAUAACAACCUGCUCGGGACCUUCAUCUGGCAGAAGGCUCUGGAGAAGAAAGGCAUCGGCCAUUUGUCAGAAAAAAAUCUGAAGGACAGAAAUAAACACAUCCAGGAGGAAAACCGCAGGGAACUGCAAAAGGUGAAGCAGCUGCGUCUGGAGCGAGAGCGGGAGAAAGCCAUGCGGGAGCAGGAGCUGGAGAUGCUGCAGAGAGAGAAAGAGGCGGAGCAUUUCAAAACGUGGGCGGAGCAAGAGGACAACUUUCAUCUGCAUCAGGCCAAACUCAGGUCUAAGAUACGCAUCCGGGACGGCCGAGCGAAACCUAUCGACCUGCUGGCGAAAUACAUCAGCGCUGAGGAUGACGAUCUGUCUGUGGAGAUGCACGAACCGUACACUUUCCUCAACGGACUGACCGUCACAGACAUGGAUGACCUGCUUGAGGACAUUAAGGUGUACAUGGAGCUGGAAUGUGGCAAGAAUGUGGAUUUCUGGAGGGAUAUGACCACCAUUACUGAAGAUGAAAUCAGCAAACUACGCAAACUGGAGGCGUCAGGGAAAGGGCCAGGUGACCGGCGUGAGGGCAUAAACACCUCCGUCAGCACAGAUGUCCAGAGUGUGUUUAAAGGGAAGACGUACAGUCAGCUUCAGGCCCUUUACAUGAACAUCGAGAGUAAGAUUCAGGCAGGAGGCUCAAAUCUGGACAUCGGCUACUGGGAGAGUCUCCUGCAGCAGGUGCGCGUCUACAUGGCACGAGCCAGGCUGAGAGAGCGUCAUCAGGACGUCCUGCGGCAGAAGCUGUAUAAACUCAAGCAGGAACAGGGUGUGGAGAGUGAACCGCUUUUCCCCAUCAUCAAAGAGGAGCCGGAGAAAGAGCAGCCCAUCAGCUCUAGAGAAGCGGAGUCUGGAGACGAGGCGGCUGGCAGCUCCUCUCAGCAGCGAGACAGAGAGGAAGAUGAGGACAGACGGAGCAGGAGGACGGGUGGAGAAGAGGCUGAGCGUUCUGGAAGGAGCAGUCCUGAGGAGGAGAAGAAAGGAGAGGAGGAGGAGGGAGAGAAAGAUGAAGCUCCGGAGGCCGUGUUGACAGAGGAGGAUCUGAUCCAGCAGAGUCAGGCCGAGUAUGACUCCGGCCGCUACAGUCCCACACUCCUGCAGAACUCGGAGCUGCCGCUGGACACACACAUCAUCGCGGAGGAGGAGGACCUGCAGCGACUCCUGCUGGCCCGCAGGCAGAUGCAGGUGACCGGUGAUGCAAGUGAAAGUGCUGAGGAUUUAUUUGUGCGUCGGGCUAAAGAGGGCAUGGGCGGUGACGAGGCUCAGUUCAGCGUCGAAAUGCCUCUGACUGGGAAAAUGUACCUGUGGGCCGACAAAUACCGUCCACGCAAACCCCGCUUCUUCAACCGCGUUCACACCGGCUUCGAGUGGAACAAAUACAACCAGACGCAUUACGACUUCGAUAACCCGCCGCCCAAGAUCGUCCAGGGCUACAAAUUCAACAUCUUCUACCCCGACCUCAUCGACAAGCGCUCGACUCCGCAGUACUUCCUGGAGCCCUGUCCCGACAAUAAAGACUUCGGGAUUCUGCGCUUUCAUGCCGGACCGCCGUAUGAAGACAUCGCCUUUAAAAUCGUCAACCGCGAGUGGGAAUAUUCACAUCGCCAUGGUUUCCGCUGCCAGUUCGCUAAUGGAAUCUUUCAGCUGUGGUUCCACUUUAAGAGGUAUCGCUACAGACGGUGAAGAGGAUGAUCUGAGAAUUGGGUCGGAGAAGCUGUAACAUUAGGGUCAGUGUAAAACCACAAACACAGACUGUUUAUUAACGCCCCAUACACCUGCCGUUAGCAGAAAAGCAGGUUUUCACUGGCGUAGACCUAAAUAUUUCUACAUAAUCUCAUUUGCAGGCACUCAGCUUGCUUUUGAUUCCUUUCUGAGACCAUGCUAAUUGUUGUAAAGCAGUGCUUCUCAACCACAUUCCUGGAGGACCACCAACAAUGCAUGUUUUGGAUGUCUCCUUUGUCUGUUACACCCAUAAUAGGUCAUUCAGUCUUUACUGAAUCUGAAUCAGGUGUGUUUGGUUAAGGAGACUAGAAAUGUGCUGAGCUGGUGGUCCACCAGGAACAUGGUCGAGAAACACUGUUUUUAAGGGAUAGUUUAACCAAAAAUAAAGUCUGUCAUGAUUUAAAUCGCAUACAUUUGUUCAAAACAAAAGAAAAAAAGUUUAAAACUACAUGGGGGAGAGUCAUUUGUGACGUGAUUUAAAUAUUUGGUUGAACUAUCCAUUACUUAAAUUCCUUGAAAAUGUAAUGUUUUGUAUUUUGUGUAAUUGAAAUGAUUGAUUAAAGA